GCGGCGGCAGGAUCAGGAGCCGUCAGCGAGCGAGCGGGCGACAGCCAGCCAGAGCAGUCGUGUGAGCGGGAGCACGCGGUACGGUCGUGGCAACAAGUCGUGCGACGGCAGGGGAACGACGUGCCAGGGCACAGAUGACGCUGGCGUCGUGAUGCUCUCGGCGAUCAGAUGGUCGGAGGGGGCCAUGGAUACGGUGACCGCCACAACGGGUGGACGCUGGACCCCGACAUCCGCAGCCACAUACAGAACUGUCCCUGUCCGUGCAACCAUAUGGGAUACGGGAACCUACUCAGCUAUCAGAUUCCACCCUUUCCAAGAACUCAACAACACAGAGAAACUUCGUUUAACGUCGCACCUCAAUACUACAGUGAUCUACUCGACCAACACUAUCAACCAUACGAAUAUCACAGAUCUUCGUCGUUGGAAACGUGCUCGUGUAGUUCGGACAGCGACUCGACCAAGGGAACCUUCAGAGGGCCGUGGUGCGUGUGUCUCGUGAUAUGCGCGGUAAUUGCUACACUCACUGCAGGACUAGGUCUUCCAUUGAUAUUAAGCCCCGAACUGCCCCCUCAAACUCAAGAAGACAGAUUAUAUGUAAUACGGCGAUUGUUAAAAGAAACACCUUUGAUUGACGGUCAUAACGAUUUACCUUGGAACUUGAGGAAAUUUGUACACAACAAAAUUUUAAAUCUUAAUUUUAGUACGCUAAGUAAUGCAGAACCUUGGUCCAGAAGUAUUUGGUCCCACACGGAUAUCACUCGUCUUAAACAGGGAUUAUUAGGGGCCCAAUUUUGGUCAGCCUACGUGCCUUGCAAAGCCCAGCACUUAGACGCAGUCCAAAUCACCUUAGAACAAAUAGAUGUGAUAAAAAGACUAGUAGACUAUAACUCGCAACACUUUCAUCUCGUCAAAAGCGUAAAAGAAAUUCUUAAAACCCACAAAGAUGGCAGAAUAGCGUCUCUCAUAGGAGUCGAAGGAGGCCACGCUUUGGGUAACUCAUUGGCAGUACUGAGGACAUUUUACAACUUGGGGGCACGAUAUUUGACCAUUACGCAUUCGUGUGAUACUCCGUGGGCUUUUGGAACGGAUUCCCAAAACGAUGAAGGCUUGAGCGUUUUUGGAAAAAAAGUGAUUAAAGAAAUGAAUCGAUUGGGUAUGAUUAUAGAUUUGUCACAUACUUCUGUAAAUACUGCCAAGUCUGCUAUCAAUACUUCACAUGCGCCGGUUAUUUUUUCUCAUUCUGGAGCAUUUUCGUUAUGUAACUCAAGCAGAAAUGUCCCUGAUGAUGUGUUAAAGUUAAUUGCACAAAACGGCGGGGUGGUCAUGGUUAAUUUUUUUAAUAUACACGUUACAUGCAAUGAAUCGGCCAGCAUGAAAGAUGUAAUACGUCAUAUUAACCACAUAAGGAAAAUAGCUGGUAUAGAACACAUAGGUAUAGGAGCUGGGUAUGAUGGUAUAAACAUGACACCCUCAGGUUUGGAAGACGUUUCAAAAUACCCUUAUCUUCUAGCCGAACUUCUCUCAGACCCUUCUUGGACAGAAAAAGAUAUCCUUUCGUUGGCAGGAUUAAACUUGAUUAGGGUUUUUGAAAAGGUGGAAGAAAUCCGCGAUAAAUGGAAGUUGGCUGAAAUUCUACCUGGAGAGGAUUCGGCGCCACCUUUCUAUAGUCAGUGUUCUUCUUUGUAUUCUUGACAUGAUUUAAAUAAUUCGGUGCACUGCCAGUGGGAAAACGUUUUAUGCAGUUUUGUUAGCUUUAAAUUGAUUGUAGUCUUAUCAAUAAUACCAACUGCCGAAAAUCGUUUAACUUUUGUAGCUUAGGGUAAAAUUCAUUCGCUACAAUCCUUUAAACCCACAAGAUGUUAAAAUACCCAGCUACUCAUUGGAAAGAAGGUUAUUAAAGAAAUGUAUCAAUUGGGUAUCUUCUAGCAAAACUCCUCGCAAACCCUUUUUGGAUAGAAAAAUGUUCUUUGCCAGGUUUAAACUUGAUUCAGGUUUUCAAAAGUUUCAAGAAACUCGCGACAGACAUUCUAACAGGAAAUGAUUCAGUACACUGUUCAAAAUUUCAUGACCAUUUUAACACCAAAUUAACACCAUACAUGGUCUAUAUCGAUACAAACCAAAAUGGUGUUAAAUAUGGUUAGUUGGUCCAGUGUAAAUUCAAAUACUAAAAUAGUGUAAAUUUAACUUUCACACAGUAUUAAAAUAAAUUUUACCUGGUGUAAAUUGAACUCCUUUUCAGUGUUAAAUAUUAUGUGUU